AUGCCAGGGGAAACGGCCAGUGCCAGCGCCAAUGGCGGUGGGAGUGGUAGUGGGUCUAGGCGGUCCAUAUCCCCCUCGCUCUCCUUCCACUCGGCACCCUCGCCUGUAGCCCUCCUCCACCAUCAUCACCCAAAUUCAGAAUUCAGAUCUGAAACAUCCUCCUCCCGAUCCGCGCGGUUGACGACGGCCGCGGGCAUAAGUCUAACUCACGACGAUCGGACAGCAGGCGCAGGCGGUUCGGGUCUGGCAUCGACAUCUCGUCCUUCUUCAUCUUCUUCCUCAUCCUCCUCCCAUACUACCAUGUCGAUGCGCCAUCCCGUACCCGUAUCCCCGGCCGAUCGGUAUACCCCAUAUACCCGUAGCGGGCAGGAGCACCAUUCUUAUACCUACCACCACCACGCCGAUCUCGUCGGUGCUGGGUCGGGAUCAGGCUCAGGUUCUGGUUCGGGCUCUGGCUCGGGAUCAUCAGCCACCAUCUCCGCCUCUUCCUCAGCAGCCUUCAUGUCACACCCCGAUUCAAAUUCCCGCCGCCCCUCAAACUCUACCAAUCCCACUUCGGCGCCCACCUCUCCUUCUAUCCCAUCGACAUCGGCUCAUCGGACAUGGCGGCCAACGACCAAUGUCCCCGCGCAUAUCGCCAGGCGGCAUCGCGCCGUCGGAUCUGGCGUCGGCGCGGCUGGAGGCGGAGGGGAAGAGAGUCGGUCCAGGUGGUUGAGCGACGGAGAAGAUGAAGGGGAAGGAUCGAGAGCUAUAGGGCGGCGGAGGAGGGGAUCGGGGAAUGCCACGGUGUCGGCGCAUGGGGGAGGGAUCGGACAGGGAGCGGCGGCGGUGGCGGUCGCAUCGAGUCAUGCGCCCGGUCCAGCAGAUCGAGGCGGGACUAGCGGAGUACAAGGAGGAGACCUGUUCUUCAAGCCCGAUCUACCUCUACCGAAAUUCGACCCCCAUUCCGCUCGUACCCCUUCGUCUUCACACCCACAUACCUCAUCCUCUUCCCACCCCCACCACCCAGCGACAUCUCCAUCUUCAUCGUCGAGACCCGGAAUGGGCGCGAGGCGACGAUCGACCCCACCGCAUAAAGUCAAAUCGGGACUCCGAGCGGCGUCGCAUUCGCCUCGUCUCCUGGCCGGAUCCAUUCCGGCUCCGUUCCCUGUACCGUCACCGUCACCGUCACAACUUCCGAUGGCGCAUACCCAGAGCCAGAUCGGCGCGGAACCGCCCACCAUAGCGGAUCUCGUCCCUCCUCCGCGGGAUCGAGCCGGCGCGAGGGUCUUGAGGACCCAGAUGGCGCUGAUUGAUCCGCCUGGCGCGGUCGCGGACGCUUCUCUUUCUCCUCCAGCAGGGCUUCAAGAGGGAGGAGAAGGCGGAGCCGGAGCUGGCGAGGGAGAAGGGGAAGCUAUGGAGGGUGUCGAGCCGGCAGAUGAAGGGGAAGGGGAUGAUGGAGCCAAGGGCUCAGGAUCGGGAUCGGGGAGUGACGAGAGAGAAACGAGGGAUGGGAGUGCGGGGUCAGGAUCGACCUCGACGUCCAAAGACAAAGGGGAUGGGAGGGAGACUGAAGAAGCUGUUGACUUGAGUCGGGAAGGGGGAACUGGGAUGGGGAUUGAUACGCUCUGCCCCCCCGGAACCGACCAACUCCUGCACCACCCCCUCACCCUCCCCUGCGGCCACACCCUCUCUUCCGAACACCUCUCCGUCCCCGCCCCAGCACCCUUACCCGCCAACUACCCCCUCUUACCUCCACACGAUCAGCACGCUCUCGCCCAGCAACAGCAACACCAGCGUCUCUCGCUCUGGGCGGGCAUCAUGUGUCCCAUCCCUUCGUGCAAACGGUAUUCGCCCUACGCCAUCCCCGGUGGAUUGGGACAUGAGCCUUCGAGCCCCGUCACUGCUUUUAUGUGCCCGCCUGCAGCUCCCCUUCCCGCUCCCGCUCCAGCAGCCAUCCCGCUCGCUUCGGGGGUGAUGUACUAUCCCCCUCCCCCACCCGCUGCUUCUGCCCCUCCGGCUCCCGCUCCUAUCGCUGGAUCCGCCGUCCAGUCCCACCCGCCCCCGGCCUACUCGCCCGAUCCGCCCGUCAACGAAAUGGGAUCCCCACUGCUCGAUACCGCCGUCGAUAAAGUCAUGUACCUCGUCAUGCGCGAGCUGGGGCUCGGACAGUUCUCCCGCCGCGCGACAGAAGCGGCCGCGACGGCUGUGGCGGCGGCAGCCCAGGAGACGGGGCUGGUGCAUCAGCAUUCGGAGGCGGAGAGGAUGGCGGUAGCUGUGGAAGAAGCCAAAGCGGACGGGACUAUAGACGCGGACGGAGAAGGCAUCGACAGCGGUACCGGCGUCGGUGAGGCUCGACACGCCCAUUUCGGACCUCCAAGCUCUUCUCCCGCUCGCGCCGCGCCGCCUCCUCUCCACACGUCUCUCUCGAUGGGGCUGAGCUCCACCUCCCUCUCCGAGACGCUCACCGCCUCUUCCUCCUCAACUUCCAUCGCCACCGCCACGGCCACGCCCCGCCCCAAACCGACUCCAGACCAGAAGGCCCCCACCCACCCCCAACCCUCGGACGAGUCCACCGCCGACGCACGCCUCGUCGGGCGGGUCCUUGUCGCGUAA